ACUCAAAAAAAUGUGUUAAUGGUGUUUUGUUUCUUGAUCUACAUUUACAGCCUUUUAACUUUCUUUGUUUCUUGAUCAUCAUGUCAUGGCUACUCUACUGAAGUGUGUAUCAUCUGCACGUUCAUUCCAUUUCUUUCACUGCUCAUUUCAUCUGGGAAUCAGCUCAAAGUUCCCAUAAAGCUUUCAACUUUAAAUUAUUGUCACUGGAACCCCAUUCCAAUUAGCAAUGGGGGUCAAGAACAUGGGUAAAGCUUCAGUUUUGUUGAUUAUGGUGAUAUGCUGCUGGAUCUCCAUGGCUGAAGCAGAGUACUUUAAAUACAAAGACCCAAAAAAACCAAUUGGUGUUAGGAUCAAAGAUUUGAUGAAAAGAAUGACUUUAGAAGAAAAGAUUGGGCAAAUGACACAAAUUGAUAAAAAAGUUGCAUCCAAUGAGGUCAUCAACAAGUACUUCAUUGGGAGUGUGUUGAGUGGAGGAGGGAGUGUUCCAGCCAAACAGGCAUCCCCAAAAACAUGGGUUGACAUGGUCAACGAUUACCAAAAGGGGUCGUUAUCGACCCGAUUGGGGAUACCGUUGAUUUAUGGGAUUGAUGCUGUUCAUGGUCAUAACAAUGUUUACAAAGCUACAAUCUUUCCUCACAAUGUUGGUCUUGGAGUUACCAGGGACCCAGUUCUGGUCAAGAAGAUUGGAGCUGCAACUGCACGUGAAGUUAGAGCCACUGGGAUACAAUAUGCUUUUGCACCUUGUAUUGCAGUUUGUAGAGAUCCGAGAUGGGGCCGUUGCUAUGAGAGUUACAGUGAAGAUCCGAAGAUUGUUAAGCUAAUGACUGAGAUUAUUCCCGGUUUACAAGGAGAGAUCCCUGCUGGUUCAAGAAAGGGUGUUCCUUUUGUCGGUGGACCAGAUAAAGUAGCAGCAUGUGCUAAGCAUUAUUUGGGAGAUGGUGGGACCCACCUGGGCACAAACGAAGGCAACACGAUAGUAGACGCCAAAGAGUUCUUCAGUAUACACAUGCCGGCAUACUAUGAUGCCGUCAUCAAGGGUGUGGCUACUAUUAUGACCUCGUAUUCCAGCUGGAACGGGGUCAAAAUGCACGCCAACCGUUUUCUCGUCACUGAUUUCCUCAAAAACAGGCUCAAGUUCAAGGGGUUUGUUAUAUCGGAUUGGCAAGGGAUUGACAGGAUCACUACUCCUGAACAUACUAAUUAUACGUAUUCGAUCAUAGCUGGGAUGAAUGCUGGCAUUGAUAUGUUCAUGGUCCCAUACAACUACACGGAGUUCAUCGAUGGUUUAACUUAUCUAGUCAAGAACCGGUUCAUACCAACGAGCCGUGUAGACGAUGCGGUUAAGAGGAUUCUAAGGGUCAAGUUCUCCAUGGGCCUGUUUGAGAAACCGUUGGCUGAUUACAGCAUGGCUAAGUACCUUGGAAGCCAGGAACACAGAGAUCUGGCAAGGGAAGCUGUGAGGAAAACGCUUGUAUUAUUGAAAAACGGUAAAUCUUUAAAGACGCCACUGUUACCACUUCCUAAGCAGGCGUCGAAGAUACUGGUUGCAGGAUCUCAUGCUGAUAAUAUCGGCUAUCAAUGUGGUGGAUGGACAAUCGAGUGGCAAGGGCUUUCAGGAGAUAUUACUGAUGGUACAACAAUCUUAUCUGCUGUGAAAAAAACCGUUGGCCCAAAAACUCAAGUGGUCUACAAUGAGAACCCGAGCGAUAGUUUUGUCAAGUCUAACAAAUUCGACUACGCGAUUGUCGUGGUGGGUGAGCACCCGUACGCCGAGACAUUUGGAGACAGCAAGAAUCUGACAAUCCCAGAGCCUGGACCAAGCACGAUCAACAACGUCUGCGGCUCAGUGAAAUGUGUGGUGGUCGUGAUCAGUGGCCGGCCUGUAGUGAUUCAACCUUAUCUUAAAACCAUAGAUGCCCUUGUGGCUGCUUGGCUUCCGGGAUCCGAGGGUCAAGGUGUCACGGAUGUCCUCUUUGGUGACUAUGGGUUUACGGGUAAGCUUGCGCGUACUUGGUUCAAGUCUGUUAAUCAGCUCCCGAUGAAUGUUGGAGACGCACAUUAUGAUCCGUUGUACCCGUUUGGGUUCGGGCUCACAACUAAGCCUAGGAAGAAUUAGUGAAGCUGAUGAGUGUGUUGGAUGUUGGGUAUUUUUUUGUGGGAAUUUGAUCUUCGCACAUGAGUUUUCAGCAACAACUCUUGUCUUAAUGUUGUAUGAAUAAGUAAUUAAAUCAGUAGUUUUCCAUGGCAAUUAUUGUUGAUGAGAACUUAUCCACAAGGCCCAGUCCAAAAGGUGCAAUAGAAUUUAUCAAAGGCCUGAAGAAUAUUUGCCAUAUAGUUCUCUUGUUUUUAAUGGCAUAAAAACUAAAAAGAGCUGUUUAGCUGAUUAUCACU